AUGAACACUCCUGAAAACACCAUGUCCGGACCUAAGAACAGACUCUUCUCCAGAGUCGUUGACGAUAAUGCUCUGAAUCACCCUGAACGCUUGUUCGCAAAGAUCCCUCUUGGAUCUGAAGUGUCUCAUGGCUUCCAGAACCUUUCUAUGAAGACUCUGGCCUGUAUGAUCAACUCCUUAGCCUGGUGGAUUGAGAGCACUAUUGGUCCCGCUGAUGAGCAAGAGACUUUGGCUUAUAUGGCCGCGAAUGAUGUCCGAUAUUUCGUUUUUAUGCUUGCUUGUCAAAAGACUGGCUACAAAGCAUUCUUCCCCUCCACACGAAACUCUGAUGAUGAAUAUAUUCACCUCCUUAAUGCCACCGGCUGCACUAAGUUUGUCUAUACUGAAGAGCGCAAGGACCGUGUGCUCGAGAUCCAAAGCCUUGUGCCAGGUCUCAAGAUAUAUGAAAGUCCCUCUAUGAAGACCCUUCUCAAUGAUGAGAGGGCAAAGGUCUACCCCUACACGGAGUCUUACGAAGAUGCCGAAGAUAAGAUUAUCGCUGUGAUUCACAGUUCGGGGACGACUGGUAUGCCAAAGCCUGUAUACCUCCGAAAUGGCUUUUUUAUGUGUAUGGACGGUCUCGACAGAUUGCCCGUUCCUAAGGGUCGCCAACCAGGUGCCUACUACUAUUACACAAACGAGAAGGAUCUCGUCUUGGUCACCACUCCCUUCUUCCACAUGAUGGGGAUUAUUUACUUUGCCAUGUCUAUCUUCCAUGAAGUCCCCAUGUUGAUCGUCCCUGAUAAGCCAUUGUCAGUAGAUUUGCUGACCGAUGCUAUUGCCGUCGGCAACCCUACUGCUGGAAUGUUCUCACCUUCUAUUUUGGAAGAUAUGAGCCACAACGAGAAGGCAUUGGCUCAGAUCAAGAAGUUGCGUGCUGUGUACUAUGGUGGUGCUCCCUUGGCUGAAGAAACUGGCCACAAGCUGCAAGAGUAUGCCCAAGUGAUCCCCAUUCUUGGAACAAGUGAGAUCGGCUGGAUCCCCACUCUCGUCCCCAAAAAUCCUCGCGACUGGCACUACCUCGAGUUUAACCCAUCCUAUGGUCUUGAGAUGAAGGCUCUUGGUGAGGGUUUGUUCGAGUUGAUUAUCCCCCGCCAGCCCAAGUCCCGCCAAUGGCAGGGUAUCUUCCACACCUUUCCUGACGUCGACGUCUACCACACCAACGAUGUCUAUACCAAACAUCCCACCGACCCCAACCUGUACAAGUUCCAUGGUCGUUUGGAUGAUGUCAUUGUCCUGAGUAAUGGUGAGAAGUUCAACCCCAUUACUAUGGAGACCAUCAUUGAGACCCACCCCUGGGUCCAGGCCGCCGUUGUGUUUGGCGAGGGCAGGUUCCAGUCUGGUCUCUUGGUUGAGCCCAGGCCUGAUAUUCCCGAAAUGGACUUGAAGACCUUUGUGAAUGAGAUCUGGCCCAAGGUCCAGACUGCCAAUCACACCGUUGCUGCUCAUGGUCGUGUGGUCAAAAGCAACAUCAUUACCUUCACUAAGUCCAAGCCUUUCAAGAGAACCCCCAAGGGUACUGUCCUGCGCCGUGUCGUCCUGAAAGACUAUGAGAAUGAGAUUAAUAGUGUCUACGACGGCACUGACGACGAGAAUACCUCCUUCCCAGACUCUCUUGACGAGGCCGGUAUUCUGACCUGGACUCAAAAGCUUAUUACUCAGACUCUUGAGAAGGAGAUCCCAGUCAAUGUGGACUUUUACAGCUUUGGAGUUGACUCUUUGAUGACAAUAUCUGUGUCCAAGACCUUGCAGCAAGUUGUGCAGAAGGCACGCCCAGAGACAGCAGCUGGUAUCAUCUCUUCUCAGUCCAUCUACUCCCACCCAACUGUGGAGAAGCUGGCACACUUUGUGCACGGUGUUAUCGAAGGAUACUCUGAGGAUGAAAUUCCCCGUGAGGUGAGCGUCGAGAAUAUUGUUAAAAAAUAUACACUCGACCUCCCCCACCGUACCAGCGUCCCAUCAAAUGGCCCCAAGGCUCCCACCACAGUGAUUCUCACUGGUUCCACUGGUUGUUUGGGAAUAUACCUCCUAAACCUUCUUCUCAAUGAGAAGACUGUUACCAAAAUUUACUGUUUGAACCGAUCUGAUGCCGAGGAGCGCCAGAAGAAGCUUCUGACGGAGAAGGGCUUCGAGUUCAACGUACACGACUGGGCCACUGGCAAGGUUGAGUUCCUCACAACAUCUUUUGGUGAGAAGCGGUUCGGCCUUACUCAAGCCAAGUACAGUGAGCUCUUGGCAUCAGUCGACACCAUCAUCCACAACGCCUGGAAGGUUGACUUCAACAACACGGUGGAGUCUUUCGAGGAGACUCAUAUCCAGGGUGUGCGCCGUUUUGUGGAUUUCAGCAUCGAGAGCAAGAACAAUGCUCACAUCCACUUUGUCUCUUCCAUUAGUUCAGUCGGUGGCUGGUCCGAGGAGAGAGGAUCAGUUGUACCCGAAGUGCCUAUGGAGGAUGUCUCCGUGGCGAUGCACCAAGGAUACGGAGAAUCUAAGCACUGUUCUGAGCGCAUCUGCAUAGAAGCUUCUCGCACAUCUCGUGUUCCUACUACCGUUCACCGUGUGGGACAGGUAGGAGGACCUACUUUCGAGAAAGGAGCGUGGAACCGACACGAGUGGCUUCCUACCAUGGUCAACACCUCUAAGGCCAUGGGCAAGAUCCCUACCACCUGUGGUUUCAUGCCUGUAGAUUGGGUACCUGUUGACAGCCUCGCUCAAAUCAUGAUCGACCUCGUCCACACUCGCCACGGUGAUACCUCCGAGCUUCCUACUAAAUUCUUCCACCUCGUCAACCCUACAGAAGUCAAUUGGACUUCUCUCAUCCCCCCUAUCCAGGAGAAGUACAAUGUCGAGCCUGUUUCCUUCAAGCAAUGGUUGGCAGAGCUUGAAAGCAUUCAGAACCCAACCGCUGAAGAUCUUCAGCGUUUUCCUGCGCUCAAGCUGUUGAAAUUCUACCGCGGGCUUGGUGAUGAGGAGAAUGGUACCAUGUCUGUGCCCUUGGAUGUCACCAAGACCAAGGAAGCCAGCUCCACAAUGAGAUCUCUCCAGCCCAUUUCUCCGGCCUUGAUGGCAAACUGGUUGCAACAGUGGCAGUUUUGA